ACGAGACUUGUGACGCAGAUCUGGUGUAGCCGGGAACUAUGGACGUGACGGCAUCGGCGAGCAGGAAACGCCACCGCGAGCCGGAAUCAGGAGUCUCCGAUCAAUCUCUUCCAGCCGGUCCGUUAUUGCGUCUCUAUCUUUCUGCGUCUUUGAUGAUUUCCCAUGCUUAACCAGUUGUUUCUCCGCACCGCGUUAUACAGAGGAUAAUUUGGAAUUUACCGAUACUUUUGUGGCUAUUCGUAUGAUGUGUGCUCAGUUCCCGCACAUUGAGAAGGUUUCUAUUCGGCCUUUUGUAUUGCAAUCACAGUUGUAUAGCAGUGUAAAAGACAGGACACAAGUAGAUAGGGAAUUGGAGGUACGGUGUCUACUUCCCUCUUGGCUGUUGAAAUGCAUCAGAGAAGUUAUGCAGGCACAAAGUUUUGUAUGUCUGGCCAAACAUGCUCUUAUUUAUUGAUUUGUGAUAGCUUGGUAGGUUUGUAAACUUGUAAUCUUGAACAAGCUUGAGCUAGACUCGUAGAACAGGCUUGACCUUAGGUCAUAUGAAUUGUGUCAUAGUAUCCCAUGAUGUUCAUUUUGGAAAUUAUUGUUCAAAUGAGCUCAUCUUGACUCAUACGAUCAAUCUAAUCUUGAAUUUGUUAUGUAUCUCCUCGGUUUUUACUGCCCUUGUUGGUAUUGACAUUUUUUAGUUACAUAUCUUCGAGAGCAGUCACUGAAGAGGGAGAAAUUGGUACGCAUUUUUAAGGUUAAUACGGGACGCGAUGAUCAUGCUAUUAUGUUGUUUGAUGAUUACUUGAGUCAGAUUGAGCAUGUCAGUAAGAGAGUGGAAGAAAAGAAGCAACAAAAUCUUCCUGUUUUUGGAUGGUUCAAGGCACACGUCAUUUCUUCAAAGCUGGAUCCUUGUAUCAGUCAUCAUGAACUUUGCUCUCUUCUCUCACUGGGGGGAAAUGUGGAAGAUGAACACGUCUCCCUCUUGAUUAAUGCAGGCCUUCUUACUGGCCAACUUAUUGAUCCAAACAUGUACUGGUUUGCAAUUCCAAAUGUUGGACCAGUCCUCAAGGGGAUUUCACAAGGAAGAAAUGAGCUUAUAUCUUUACUCAAGAGAAAAAAAUUCAAAGAGAUGACAAUGGUCACUCUGGAAAAGAAACGCCUUCGACUUUCACCCUUAGAUAUGAGAUUUCAUCUCCGCGAUUUGAUAGGAUCUGGUCGUCUCAGAACUGUCGAGGCACCUAGUGGCUUGAUUGUCAGGGUCUCAAAAGAUUGAAACUCUGGAUCAUGUGUUUUAGAUGCCGAUUUAUUUGCAAUGCUUCAAGUGAUGAUCAGUCCAGCCUGUUCUCUUACCUAAUUUAUGGAUCUAAGAAGGACAAUUUGAUUGAUCUGAGAUGCUCGUGGAAGAAGAAUAUCCUUUGCUUUAAUCAAGGGCCAGGAUUAAACCAAAAAAGAAAAAAGAAAAGAAAAAAGAAAGCAAAAGAAAACAAAAAUGUGUGAUGCCAUUCCCAGGUACUGUGAUUCUGGCCUUUCCCUUCUUGUUAUUAUGUUAUAGAAUUGAUCCAAGUGAUGAUGUGAGAGGGAUGUGUCAUUAUCACCAUCCCGAACUACUCUCAUGUUAAUCCAAUUCAUAACCCCAUUUUUAAUGAGCCAAAAUAUUGUCAUUCAUAUAUGUUUUGUUGCUAUUCUAAUGCUCCCAAAUUAUUGUCUUA